AUGGCCUUCUUUUUCGUCUGCGGCCAGCAGACCUUUCGGUCCGAGGUCAAGGGCUACGAGGGCCUCAUCACCCAGUGCCACCACUGCGGCAACAUGGGCGCCCGCGUGCAAAAGGAGCGCCCAUUCUUCACCAUCUGCUACAUUCCGGUCAUCCCAUUCACCAUUUCCGGGUACCAGGACGUCGUAUGCGGCAUCUGCAACUUUCACCAGCCCCUCGAGAAGCGCCCGGAUGUGAUGGCUAUGGCCAACGGUGGCGGCGGCGGCGGCGGCGGCGGCGGCCAGCAGGCACAACAGCAGCAAAACGGCGGGCAAAAGCCGCAAGGCCCGAACCAGCAAGGAUACAAUCAGCAAGGAUACAACCAGCAAGGACAGUAUCAGCAAGGGCCGUCGCAGACACAGUACGGCCCGCCUCCACAGGGUUACUACUCGCCGCCGCCGCAGGGCGGUCAGCAACAGCCGCCACCACAGAACUGGCAGGGGCAGCAACACCAGUAG